AAUCUGUACCUUGGCUAGUUUGUACUUUCAAAACCCCGCCUUGAUUUUACAUUAGUAGCCCAAUUAAUUUGGCUACAAACCCGCCAACCUGGCAACCCAGGCUUUGCAAGUGUCCAGGUGUAACUGCAUUAACGUCCGUUCGCUGCCGGAGGGGGACAUUGAUUGACGGUCUCCACGGGGACGGCCAGUCUAACCAAUGCAAAGACUCCUCCCCUGUCCCUGCACCGGCCAAUGGUGUUCGCAGCUGCGGCCCAGGACGUUCCUGCCGGAGUUUGCAGUUGUGGAGGAAUCACGUUGGGACGAGACUAUCCGUUUACAGUUUGAGGGGGGGUAAGAGAAAACAACAACAAUCACCCCCCUGUAUUUACUAUGAUUUCUGCGCGGCCGCUGGAAACCUGAUCGUCCCACGGAGAAGGGGAGGACUUCAUCUUUUAAGAAAAGGGGGGAGCAAAAAAUGUCUUCCCCUACUUCCAACGGGAUAGGGAACGCGAUCGAGAUCAAGCAGGAAAAUGCCCUGGAGAGCGGCGAGAAUGAGGUGGCGGCGGAGCUGAGCGCGUUACAGUCUUUCUCUAUGGAGCAUGUGGGCCAAGUGGAGACCGAGAUCAAGAGCGAACUUUUACCCGGCGCCCCGUAUACCCUGUCAUUCUCCCCGGAGCACGUCGCGUGCGUGUGUGAGGCUCUGCAGCAAGGUGGGGACCUGGACAGACUCGCCCGCUUCCUGUGUUCUCUCCCGCACAGCGAGCUGCUACGUGGCAACGAGAGUAUCCUGAGAGCCCGGGCGCUGGUCGCUUUCCACCAGGGAAUGUUCUCCGAGCUCUUCCUGCUGCUGGAGAGCCACAACUUCCAGCCGUCCCACCACGCCGCGCUGCAGGAGCUCUGGUACAAGGCGCGAUAUAUCGAGGCGGAGAAGGCCCGGGGGAGAGCGCUGGGGGCGGUGGACAAAUACCGGCUGAGAAGGAAGUUCCCCCUGCCCCGCACUAUCUGGGACGGAGAGGAGACCGUCUACUGCUUUAAGGAGAAGUCCCGCAACGCGCUGAAAGAGCUUUACAAGCACAACCGCUACCCGUCCCCCGCCGCCAAGAGGAACCUCGCCAAGGUCACCGGCCUGUCCCUCACUCAGGUCAGCAACUGGUUCAAGAACAGACGCCAGCGCGACCGCAACCCUUCCGAGGCUCAGUCCAAGAGUGAAUCGGAUGGAAACCACAGCACUGAAGAUGAAUCGAGCAAAGGCCAAGAUGACAUGUCUCCUCAUCCUCUUUCCAACUCCUCAGAUGGUGUUUCCAACUUAAAUCCUUUAGGUCCUGCUGAUGCCGUAUACAUGCAGCACAUUGGAAAUAAAAUAUCCUUAAGUUCUUCUGGUGUGUUGUUAAAUGGUAGCUUGGUACCUACAAAUACUUCAUCUGUCUUCUUAAAUGGCAGCUCAUUUAUCCAGGGACCUAAUGGAGUAUUCCUUAAUGGUUUAAAUGUAGCAAAUUCACAGACUUUGACCUUGAAUACACCUAAAUUGGCCUCAACAGUUGUGAGCAAUGGGGCAACAAAUGGAGAUGUCUUGGUGGCUUCCACAGAAGAAGUAAAGGACUUCAAAGUUCCUCAGAGUGGCCUGACAGAUUCCAACACAAGUUACAGUGCAAAUUUAGCACAAUCCUUCCCCGGAUUAAUACCUGCUACAGAAGUCAAAACUGAGACUCUUCAGCCUGUAAGUUCUCAAGAUGGAGGAACUGUAGUCACUUUCACAACCCCCAUCCAAAUAAACCCAUAUGGCAUCGUUCAGAUCCCGAAUUCAGGAGCAAAUGGUCAACUGAUCAAUGGAAGUAUUGGAUUUUCCACACUCCAGCUGCCUUCUGUUGCUGUUUCACAAGGUAAUCUUUCGGUCACUCCUGGUGCAUCUGACGGGGGAGCGUUUCCAACUGAUACCGCUUCAAGUGGAGACCAAGGGAAAGUAUUUCUCAGCUCACUUCCGCACAGCACCGUCGUAUACACAGUUCCGCAUUCUAUAAAACAGGAUGGACUGGAACGAAGCCUUGUUUUUUCUCCGUUAAUGCCCGUCAAUCAAAGCGCAGCACAAGUGAACAUUAGCAUGCCUUCAGAUGACACUCUACAGUCUGUUGCAGCAUCGUUGGUAAAUGGAGGUCAUGCACAACAUUUUUCACUUCCUCCAUCUACCUUGAUAACUACUUCUGCACAUCUUGCUUCUCAUUCGGUAAACCAAUCCAUUUCAGCACCUGCAACUACCACAACUAGUGUGACUGCCACUAGUAACACUAACUUUACACCGUUACAGAAUUGUCACUACAUUUCCACCCAAGACCUCCUGUCUGUCUCUUCUGCACAACCAACCCUUGGCUUGCCAGUUCUUUCAACCAGCAGUAAUAGCGGCCUCCCUGCUUCUCAAGUCCAUCAGGAUUUCAGUAGCCAUCACAACCUGGUUCUGCAGCCUCUGAAUGACACAAAAGAGAAUUACUCGCUCAUAUCUCACAACAGCACAAUAAGCGGGAGUGUCAUGUUGUUAGACACAAAAUCAAAGUAUGUGGUCAGCAAUAUGGUCAGCAGUGGCUGCGAAGAACUUGACACAGACAAAAAGGAUCUAGCCAAGCUUCAGAAUGUUCAAAUGGACGAAGACAUGCAAGAUUUAUAAUUGGAGAAAUUCCAUACAUUUUUGAUAGCGAACUGCCUUUGUUCAUCCACUUAGGUAUGAUAUAUUUAGAAUGUUGGGUUUUGGAAGACAGCACUGCUUUUUUUUUUUUUGUGAACUCUUACCCUUUUCUGAAUUAUGGGUAUGAAAGGGAACACGACUUACAAGGGAUACUGUCAUGGGAAAUUGUUUUUUCUCAAAACGCACCAGUUAAUAGUGCUGCUCCAGGAGAAUUCUGCACCGAAAUCUAUUUCUCAAAACAGCAAACAGAUUUUUUUAUAUUUCAUUUU